AGCGGAUAAAGGAUCACAGCACUGGAGAUGUUGUAGUUGAUUUCUAUCAUCGCUUUCGAGAGGAUAUAAAAAACAUGAAGGAUAUGGUUUUUAAUGCUUUUAGAUUCUCCAUUUCAUGGCCUAGAGUUAUACCUAGUGGAAAGAGACGUCGAGGAGUAAAUGAGGAAGGGAUUGAAUUCUACAACACUGUUAUCAAUGAAACAAUAGCACAAGGUGAUAAUUUUCUCUGGCCUAAUUCCUUUUAUUACUAUUUUUCACUGGAUACUCCUCAAGCCGUAGAAGACAAUUAUGGUGGCUUUUUGAGCCUGUAUAGGGAAGAUAUUCGUGAAUAUGCAGAUAUUCGUGAAUAUGCAGAUCUUGUCUUUGAAAGAUUUGGUGACCGAGUGAAAUUCUGGAUAACUUUCAAUGAACCAUGGUCACUUAGUGGAUUCUCCUAUGAUCAAGGAGUUUUUGCUCCUGGUCGAUGCUCAUCUUGGGUGAUAUUCGGGUAUUAG